CGCAGCGGUACUCCAUGCCGCAAUUUAAAUUUUUAAUACAUUUUUCUAUCGGUAUAUUUGUCCUACGCCCUGGCCGUCUAGGUAUGCAAUCAUGUCUAUUUUUAGGAGCGCCUGGCUUGCACGAAGUUUAUUGGUGUAAGUCUGUCAGUUUGUUUCGGAGCGUCAAAGUAACGAGAGCUGAUCUGCGGUAUUCCGUGCCGCAACGCGACCGGUCAUGGAUAGAAGAGCCUUCAGGAAACCACUUACUGAGAAAGAAUUACGUUACCUAGCGGAGAACUGGUCUGAUUAUGAGGAUGAUGUCGAUUUUGAGAGUGAAAGCUGUUAUAUGCUCUUUGUGACAGUAAAACGUAUUACACUUGGAAAUUUGAAAUAUAUUGUGGAUUACAACGUGAGGGACCCUUCAAAAAUUCAAACAAACCAUUCGAUAUUGUGCAGAGAUUAGUGCAGAUAAUAAAAAACACUAAAAGAAAUUUAACUACAGAUAAUUAUUACACUAGUUAUGAAUUGGCAGAAUAUCUUUUAAAAAAUGGUCUAACUUUGACUGGUACACUAAAAAAAACAAAAGGGAAUUUCCGCCUGAAUUCCUACCGAGCAAGUUGCGGUCAGUUGGAUCGUCUAUGUUUGGAUUCCAACCUGAUGUCACUUUAGUAUCCCAUGUUUCUAAAAAAAAUGAAGCUGUAAUUUUGCUGUCCACCAUGCAUAACAACGAUGAAAUUGAUGAGGAAACACAAAAACCAGAAAUAUUACAUUAUAACAGAACAAAAUCUGGCGUCGAUACAGUCGACCAAAAAUGCUCUUCGUAUACAACACAAAGAAUCACAAGAAGGUGGCCUCUAGCAAUAUUCUUUAGAAUUUUAGAUAUUGCAGGAAUAAACUCCGAAAUUAUAAUCAAUAAUAAUAGACCAGCAGAUACGCCGCCAAGAAGAAGGAAGUAUUUGACCUCUCUAGGUUCAUCCCUUAUGGAAAAUAAUCUAAAGGAACGCGCUAAGAUAGAAACACUUCCUAAGGACAUCAGGGAAUUCCUAUCUCGCUACAACACUCCUGUUAAUGUCCCUGUCGCACUGACUGAAAAUCGGAUUGGUCGUUGUCAUAUAUGCAGUGCACACAAAAAUAGCAAAACAACAGUUACUUGUAGUCAAUGCAAAAGAUUUGUUUGUAAAUCACACUGUGAAAAAUUGGUGCAAUGUAAUAGUUGUCUUUAUCCCCCAAUGGAGGAAGACUAGUUUUUAAAAACUAUAUAUACUCGUAUAUAUAUAUACAUAUAUUCCUUUUUGUAAAACGUUUACUUGUAGAAAUGUAUUUUUGAUUUUUAUUACUUGAGAAUCUCUUGAUGUUUUUGUAUUUAUUUUGAGUU